AUGGAACCAAUUGAGUUCGAAGGAAGUGGAGGAAACUCAGAGGAAGAUGUGGAUACAUCGACUGAAGGUGCAAUUGAUGGCACAGUGGAAAGGGAAAUUGUAGAUUUCAUGAAAGCUAAUGAGGAGUGCACAAAUGGUAUCAACAAAGGGCAAGUUGGAAAACCUUUGAUGACGAAUAAGGCAACCAAGCUUAGAGAGAAAGUAAAUUUCCCGAGAGUGCUGGUUGAAGUAUCCAUUGAAAAAGAGUUCCCAGACAAGAUACAAUUUGAAGAUGAAAGAAACAGGAUUAUUGAAGUCAUGAUAGGCUAUGAAUGGAAGCCGGAGAAAUGCAACCAUUGUCAAGGGGUUGAGGGAGAUGAUGGCUUCCAAUUGGUGAAUAAAGGGGUUAAGGCCAAAGAUAGAUUCAAGGAAAAGUUGCAGGGGGUAAUUAGUACUAAUCCAUUCCAAGCCCUGAGUGGCAAUGAAGAAGGGGAAAGUUCAAAAACUCAAGAGGAAAACGCAAAGAGAGGAGGGGAGGGAGAACCCCCUCUUACUAAUGUAUAA